GGCGCGGCCGGAGCGGCCAUGUGGGCGCUGGCGGCGGUCAAGCUGGGCUGCCUGCUGGCGCUGGGCCUCCUGCCGCUGCUCUGCGCCCUCCUCCCGGCGGCGCUGCGCCGCCUCGCCCGGCCCGGGGCCGCGCAGCGCUGGCGGAGCCUGGCGAGCUGCGCGGCCGGCGGCGUCUUCCUGGCCACUUGCCUGCUGGACGUGGUGCCCGACUCGCUGCGCGACCUGCGGGAGGAGCUGCGCCGGCAGAGGCUCUCGCUGGACUUCCCGGUGCCGGAGCUGGUCCUGGCCGUGGGCUUCCUGCUGGUGCUGGUGGUCGAACACGUGGCCUUGGACUGCAGCGAGCCCGGCGGAGACGAAGCCUCGCUGCUGCUGCCCCCCUGCCCCGGGCAGGCCGGCCCUGAGGAGCAGCAGCAGCACCACCACCACCAGGCCCCCCGGCGCCGCGCUUCUCGCUUCCGCUCCCUGGUGCUGACGCUGGCGCUGUGCCUGCACUCCGUCUUCGAGGGCCUGUCCGUGGGCCUGCAGGACACGCCGAGCAGAGUGCUGCAGCUGGCGGGGGCUGUCCUGCUGCACAAGAGCGUCGUGGCUGCCAGCCUGGGCCUCCUGCUGCUCCAGAGCCCCCUCCCGCUCCGGUGGCUGGCGGCCGCUCUGGGCGCCUUCGUGCUCACCUCUCCGCUGGGCGUCGGCCUGGGCAUGGCUCUGACCCAGAGCUCUGGCGGCGACGGCAACACCACUGCUCGGAGCCUGCUGCAAGGCGUGGCGGCCGGAACCUUCAUGUACAUCACCUUCCUGGAGAUCCUGCCCCAGGAGCUCGGCUCUCCCGCCAACCGCCUGCCCAAAGUGCUGGCUGUGCUGUUGGGCUUUUCGGGCAUGGUCGGCCUGCGCCUGCUGGCCUGAGGCUGCCCAGGGACCCCGGUGGGCGCGGGGAUUGCUUUUAAUACAGACCCCUCAUAUUUUUAUUUCUACAUAGGCUGCCUCCAACAGCUUCCACUCAAAGGCCUCUUUUUCACGUCGUUUUCCAUCCUUUGGGCUACUCCAUCCUGGCUGCAAGCUCAGCCAGCAGUUUGGAAUGUGUAUGGGGGGGGGGGGGCACUGCCCAGGAAAGGGAGCAAAUUAUAAGAAGUUAUUAUAAAGGGGGGAGGGACUGUUGUGUCCUUCAGUGAUUUUAUUAAAACUAUC